AUGACACACGAAGAAAACUUAUAUCAACAUUCCGAUCUUGUACAAAUCAAUGAUCUAGGAGAAAAAAACCCAAUAAUUAUAUAUGCUCAUCAACUUAAUCAAUAUUAUCAUACAUUACUUGGAAAUCCAUUUCAACGAUUAAAAUAUUAUAAUUCAUCUACAGAACAAUAUCAUUUCUAUCGAACACCUGGAAUAGUUAAUUAUAUAAUUACAUAUUAUAUUCAUCAUGGUUGUUUAUCAACAGAAAUACAUUAUCCACCAGAAAUUCUCUAUGAUGAACUGGUAUUUUUUGGUUUUAAUAUUCAAAUUAUAUAUGAUAUUGUUUCAAAUUUUAUUACCAUUGAUUAUUAUAUUCCAUCUGGUAAAUAUCGUCGAGUAUUUUGGUUUACAUUUGAUUAUGAAAUUCAAAGAAAGAAAUUUAAUCUAUUUCGAAUUAUUAGUGGACUUAUAACAAUUUGUUCAGUUAUAACAUCGUUUAUAUUUAUUGAACUGGCAAAUAUUUUAUCUAUUCAUCAGAAUUAUAAAGAAAAAUUAGUUCUUAAAAAAGCAUUAUUUAUUGAAAUAUUUAUUCUAUUUUUUUCAUAUAUUGAAUUACUUAUCUAUUAUUUUAUACGUCCAAAAUUUCGUAUAAUAACAUUGUUUCUUAUGUCAAUCAAUAUUUUAUCAUUAUUACCUAUUGCUUUAUUUCUUUAUAUAUGGUCAAUUCCAUCGACAUGGUUAUAUACUUUACUUGUUAUUCAAUUUGCUGCACGAAUUUUUCGUAGUGUUCGUCUUUCUUCUCGUGCUUAUCAAAUAAUGUAUGUUUUAACUAAUCAUCUAUCAAUUUAUGUUGAAUCAUUUCAAAUUAUUGGAUUGAUUGUUCUUUUUUUUGCUUUAUUUACUCUUGCUUUCGAUCAAAUCUCAUCUCCUGUUCAAUUUUUAACGAAUUCAUAUUCAAAUAAAACAAAUUAUUUUCAACCAUUAAGUGAAAUUAUUUGGAUUUCAGUUAAUGCAUUUUCAUCAUUAGGUGAAGGAACUAGUCGACCGUUAACUUUUGUUGGUUUAAUCAUUGAAUUUCUAACUUGUUUUAUUGGUGUUUUAACAAUUCCACAAUUAGCUCAAAUUAUUUAUACACUUGUAUCAAAUACAAUUGAUAAACAAAAAAUCAAUAAUGAAAAACAAAAAUUAACACAUCUAGUUAUGAUUGAAGAUGAACAUGGAAAUAAAGCAAUUGGUCAAGUUAAUAUUGAUGAUCGAGGAAAUCGAAGAAUUAAAUCGUGUCCCGAUGGACAACUACCAUGUGGAUCCAAUAGUUGUUAUGAUCCAACUGUGCAAGGAUGUGUCGAUGGCGGUGGUGGUGGUAGUCUUCAGUGCAUUAAUUCAUGUAAUGGUACGUGUUAUUCAAACAAUCAAUAUUGUUAUAACAAUACGAAAAUUUGCGACGUUGGUGAUUCCGUUUGUAAUGUACAAAAUUAUAAUCAAUUUUUUUGGGAAGGAUAUGGUCUGUUUUGUUAUAACUCUUCUCAACUCAAUUGCUUUAACAAUACAUUAUGUCAAUCACCGUAUAUAUGUGGAACGCAAUGUCUUACUAGCGUGUAUUCAACAUGCGUAAAUAACGAAACGAUUUGUCAAGGUUUUUACUAUUAUGUCUCAAAUAUCCAAGUUUGUAAUCGUCAACAAGGAUUAUGCUAUGAUAAUACAACAAGUGUCUGUUUAAAUGGUAUGACAGUUUGUCAAGGAUUGAGUUCACAAGCAUGCGCCGGAACCUGCUAUGAUCCUACUAUUCAAAUGUGUGUAAAUGAUACUGUUGCUUGUAUUAAUUCCUGCAAUGGUAUUUGUUAUACCAGUUCUCAGUAUUGUUAUAAUGAUACGAAGAUUUGUAAUAUUGCUGAUUCCGUUUGUAAUGUACAAAAUUAUAAUGCAUUUCUUUGGGAAGGAUAUGGUCCUAUAUGUUACGACUCUUCUCAACUCUAUUGCAUUAACAAUACAUUAUGUCAAUCACCAUAUACAUGCGGAUCGCAAUGUCUUACUAGCGCAUGGUCAACAUGCGUAAAUAACGAAACGAUUUGUCAAGGUUUUUACUAUUAUAGUUCAAAUAUUCAAGUUUGCAAUCGUCAACAAGGACUAUGCUAUGAUAAUACAACAAGUGUUUGCUUGAAUGGUAGUACAGUUUGUCAAGGAUUAAAUUCACAAGUAUGCGGAGGAACCUGCUAUGAUUCUACGAUUCAAAUGUGUGUAAAUGAUACUAUUACUUGUAUUAAUUCCUGCAAUGGUGUGUGUUACUUAAACUCACAAUAUUGUUAUAAUGAUACAAAGAUUUGUAACGUUGGUGACUCAGUUUGUAAUGUACAAAAUUAUAAUGGAUUUUUUUUGGGAAGGAUAUGUCAGCAAUCGUGUUACGAUAAUACUACUAGUGUAUGUGUAAAUAACACUACUAUCUGUCCACUACAAAGUUCACAAUUAUGUAAUUCAAUUUGCUAUAAUCCUGGUACACAGAUCUGUAUGAAUAAUAAUACUAUUAGCUGUAUUAACUCUUGCAAUGGUACUUGUUAUGGUAACUCUCAAUAUUGUUAUAAUAACACAAUAGUCUGCAACACUGGAGAAUUAGUUUGUGAUGUACAAACAGCUUAUUGGGUGUCACACUCUGCUGGUCUAUCCUGUUAUAAUACAUCUCAGUGGAACUGUGAUAAAAAUGCAAUUUGCCCUUUAUAUGAAACAUGUGGACAACAGUGUCGAACCGAUUACUAUUCAGCCUGCGUAAAUAAUGAAACAUCCUGUCAAGGUUUUUACUAUUAUAAUUCAAAUGUUCAAGUUUGCAAUCGUGAACAACGAUUAUGCUAUGAUAAUACAACAAGUGUUUGUAUAAAUAGUAGUAUAGUUUGUCAAGGAUUGAAUUCACAAGUAUGCGGAGGAACUUGUUAUAAUCCCAAUUUACAAGUCUGUGUUAAUGGUAAUAUUAGUUGUCUUCAUUCAUGUAAUGGUGUGUGUUACUCAAACUCUCAAUAUUGUUAUAAUGACACACAGAUUUGUAACGUUGGCGAUUCAGUUUGUAAUGUACAAAAUUAUAAUCAAUUUCUUUGGCAGGGAUAUGGUCUUUUUUGUUAUAACUCUUCUCAACUCUACUGCUUUAACAAUACAUUAUGUCAAUCGCCAUAUAUAUGUGGGACACAAUGUAUGACUAGUUAUUCGUCAAUUUGUAUAAAUAAUGAAACAAUUUGUCCCGGUUAUUACUACUGGUAUUCAAAUAGUAAUAUCCAAGUUUGUGGAAGUCAGAAACAAUGCUAUGAUAAUACAACUUCUGUUUGCUAUGGUGAUAACAGCACAGUGUGUCCAAUUGGAAAUCAACUUUGUUCUGGCACAUGUUACAAUCCACAACUACAAUAUUGCACUAGUGGAAAUAAUACUAUCUUCUGCCUGAAUAAUCCUUCAUCUAUCAACUGUGCAUCUACCACUACUGCACGACCUAAUUCAACCAUACACAUUAAUACAACAACGUCACACAAUACUACUAAGGCAACGACUACGACUAAAACUACUACGAAAACAACCACGAAAAUAACUACAACAUCAACAGCAGUUUCCAGUACUUGUUGUUCAAAUAAGAAUUGUACGACGAAUGCCGAUUGUUGUCAGACUACCUCUGAAUGUCAAUGCUUUCGACAUCUUCAAACUGACGUUUAUGGUUCAUGUGUUAAUCCUAAUGUUACACCAAUAUGUGGCACCAGUUGUCCAAUACAAGGUAAAUGUAAAACUGAUUCGGAUUGUUGCAAAUGUCAAUGUGCAAGUAUUACAUUUACUAAUGCUGAUGGAACAACAGCUACCAUGAAGCAAUGUUCACGACGUUAA